AUGCCAAUAAGUGCGUCAACAGUGGAAGAUAGAGGAGAUGGUACUGAACCUAUUAUAGGAGAAUGGAGACCGCACGCAUCAACUACUCAGAUUGAUGAAGAUGAAGAAGAUCCUGAUGCUUUAAGAAAUUUUAAAAUUUUGAAAAAUCUUUUCCAAUUGAUAAUUAGAUCAAGAAGUUAUAAAAAAAAAAAGAGGAAG